CCUCCCCGAGCGUGGUCCCCGCGUCCCUCCUCCGCCCGCUUGACGCGCCGCCUGUCGCGCCUCUCCCACCGGGAUGUCCCUCUCCACCCUGACCACCCGUCCCCGGCGGACGGGCGUCAGCUCGCCAACCGAUACCCCCUCGCUGAAGUCCCGCAGCGUGGAGACCCUGGCGGCGCCGGCGCCGGACGCCGCCACCGCCGCCGCGUCCACCGCCGCCGCCGCCGCCGACCAGCCCAAGUCCCUCUUCAUGGCCUUCUACGAGAACGUCAUCCACCGGACCGUGGCCCCGCUCUUCCUGAUGCUGGCCACUCUGCUGUGGGUGCCCUUCUGCAUUCACACGGUCACGCAGCUGGACGGGUCCUACGCGCGUCUCAUUGAGUUCAUCGCCUCCGAGGGCCUGGUCAACGCCUAUCGCAAGUGCUACGUGGCCCCGGAUGCCACCACCUAUGGGAUUCUGAUUGUCUUUUCGGUCUUCCAGCUGGUGCUGAUGUUCGCCCUUCCGGGUCGCCGUGUGGCCGGCCCCGAGUCCGAGGGCGGCUUCACCCCCAUCUACCGGGCCAACGGUGUGGCCGCCUACCUGGUCACCUGCAUCAGCCUGGUGGCGGUGCACUUCUCCGGGCUCUUCGACGUGUCGCGUGUGUAUGACCAGCUGCCGCAGAUCUUCUCCCUCACGGUCCCCGGCAUCUUCGUCUUCUGCCUCCUGCUCUAUGUCAAGGGCGCUCUGCUGCCCAGCAACCGCCAUAGCUCGAAGCUGGCCCCCGGCGAGGACAACCCGGACUUCGGCCUGUCGGGCAACCCCAUCCUGGACUUCUACGCCGGCACCGAGCUCUACCCCUACAUCGGGCCGCUCAACCUGAAGUUCUACACCAACUGCCGCUGGGGCAUGAUGACCUGGCCGACUCUGAUCAUUGUGUAUGCCAUCAAGCAGUACACCAUGCUCGGCCACCUGUCCAACCCGAUGAUCAUGUCGGUCACCAUCCAGCUGGUGUACCUGUUCAAGUUCUUCCACUGGGAGAUGGGCUACAUGGCCACCCUGGACAUCAUGCACGAUCGCCUUGGCUACUACAUCUGCUGGGGGAUUUUCUGCCUGGUCCCUUCGCUGUACACCCUGUGCACCAACUACCUGGUCAACCACCCCUAUGAGAUCUCCAACCUCACCUGCUUCCUGGGCACCGUCUUCGGCAUCUCCCUCGUCGCCCUCGAGUACCACAUCGACAUGGAGCGCGUGCACUUCCGCAACGCCAAGGGCAAGGACAAGAUCUGGGGCCGCCUUCCGCGCCAUGUGGUGGCCAAGUACAUCGCCGCCGAUGGCACCGAGCGCACUUCCCUCCUGCUGGCCGAUGGCUUCUGGGGCCUCUCGCGUCACAUCAACUACGCCUUUGAGAUUGCCAUGACCUUCGUCUGGACCGUCCCCUUCCAGUUCAACCACAUCAUGCCCUACUCGUAUGUGAUUUUCCUGACUGGUCUGCUGCUGCAUCGCCUGUACCGCGAUGAGGUUCGCUGCAGCCAGAAGUAUGGCGAGCACUACGAGGAGUAUCGCCGCCUGGUGCCCUACUACCUGAUCCCCUACGUCUUCUAAGUGUGCGGGACCGUGUCUGUGCGCGAGAAUGCGAGUGUGCGACGAUCUCAAAGGCCGGCCGUGAGGCGGCGCCGCACCCCCGUCCACGAGGAGAGACGGCAAAAGAGGCAUGUGCUUUUUGACGACGUCCAGACGUCGGGGAGCGUGCCGCGGCAAAUGUGCAAGCGCGGGGCGUUUGCAUCUUUGCCGCAGUGUGUCUCCCCCCCCCCCCCCCC